CAUAGUAUAUGUAAUAUAAAGAUGGGAUCGGAUUGGAGGUUAAUUCUACCUUGCAUUAUUUAAGUGUAGGUUUUUAAAUUUUUCAGUACAGCCAUUAUAUUGCAGGUACUCAUUGAUUCAACUAAGUUGGAUUUGUGUCGCAUAAAGCUCAUUAAAAAAAAAAAAAGUUAAAACUUUCUUAAUCUUAAGAUUCGAACCCGUUUAAUUAAAGAUAAAAGAUCUCAUCCAUCUCGUCAUGACACCCCUCUUCCAAACUUCCAAUAUUGCCAAAACCUUCUUGUCUUUUAUAUUCCCAUUCCGGACUAUCCACAGACUACUCGCCUCCAAAGAAAAAAGAUACAAGAAGACAUUUAAAGAUUGAAAUAUAGAAGGAAAAAACAUUUAAAAAUAAAAACACUUAAGUAAGGUCUAGCUCCCCUUUUUUUGUACAUUUUCCUUUAAAUUUCGCUUUUAUUAUUAUAAAAAAAAAAUUAGAUAGAAAAAAAAAACAUUUAAGGAUGGAAGGUGAAAGAGGAGCUAAUCCUCAACGGUUACUCUGCCGCGGUUUCCACUCUAAGUCCAUUAAUCCAAUGUAAACCCGCCAACUUCGUAUUCCAUGUAACCUGUAUUGAUUUACCAUAAUAAUUCUCUCUUUUGCCCACAACCAUAAACACAUACGCCUUAUAACAAGGACAUCACGGUAAAAUCACUGCAUUACCGUUAUCAGACAGACCCCAUGGAAUAUAGCUGGACUGAUUUUAUUUCUUCAACUUCUUUCAUAACGAUUUAGAUUCUUGAUUAACAAUUGAUAGUUUAUGACCUUCCUCUGUUCUUUUCGCCAUCAUAAAGUUUUCUUUUUUUUCUUUGGGUCCAAGCAAAUCAGCUUUUUAUAAUCAGCUUUUUAUCAUUCUUUUUUUCCAUGUUGGUUCUUGUGCCAAUUGAAUUGCAUUUUUUAUCACAACCUAGCUUCUAAAAAUUGUAUCAUUUUAAUUUUCAUAUUGUAACCUUCUAGGUGCUCCUAGAAAAUCAAAAAUGUUGGACGCAUGGAAGAAAAACAAGUUCUACUCCAAAUGCAAGUCUUUAACCAGGCAGACGAAAACUCGAAUUGAAAUGAUCAGGAAGAAGAGAAACGCAAUGCAAAAAUACUUGAAGAAUGAUAUAACUGACCUUAUAAAAUCUGGAUUGUAUGUCAACGCCUAUGACAGGACUGAAGGCCUUCUAGUUGAGCUGAAUUUCUUGAGCUGUUAUGAUUUUUUGGACCAGUAUUGUGAGCAGAUCCUUAGUCAACUUGAAACCAUCAGUAGACAGAGGGAAUGCCCUGAGAAUUGCAAGGAACCUGUGGGAUCUUUGAUGUUUGCAGCAGCAAGACUAGCAGACCUGCCUGAAUUACGUCAACUGAGAACGAUGUUUAAUGAAAGAUAUGGAAAUUCUCUUGAAUGUUAUGUCAAUAAACAGUUUGCUGAGAAACUAAAGCCAGUACAACAUAAAAAGGAUGUGAAACUACAGUUGAUGCAAGAUAUAGCAACAGAAUCUGGUGUAGAAUGGAAUUCAUCAGAAGCUUUGCAACAGAAGCUAUACGAACAAAAGCACAUGGAUGUAUCAGGUAAUACUAAAGAAUCUGAAGAUGCUCUAUCCAAUCAUGAAAACGUGAGGCAUCAGCAUACAGAGAUGAGGGCUCAAGUGGCCAAAGUAGCACAUAAUGGCGACAAUGAUGCAGUUGAAAAUGCUAUGCCAAAAUCAGUUAGGAGGAAACAUAUGGAUCCACAUUCUGGUGAUAAAGAUUCAGGACAUGAAAACCAUGGCAUAAAAAUUCCAAAUGGUGAAGUCUCAAGGCAGAGAAACCGAGACGGUCCUUCAGGCAGAGCAACAUCCCUUCCAGUUGAAUUGGAAGAAAUAAGUCCAGAAGAGCUAAUGAAAGGGCACACUCGAGCAAAUUCUUGUUCGCCUGAUAUGUUUGGUCCAAAUGGGCAUGUCCAUCCAAGGGUACCAAACUAUGAGGAUGUUGUCGCUCGCCUGGCAGAUCUCAGCGGGAAAUCAAAAGAAUGA